AUGUUUCCGGCGUUCCGAUUGCCGUGUUUUCUGCUUCCUCUCUCGGGGGGAAGGAAACUGAGAGCAAUUCUGGUUUCGAAAGUUUCUGUUGUUUGGACGUUUGACAACUUCAAGAAUGCUCUGUUUCAGAAUUUCGGUACAUUAUUUGUAUCGAGCUUGUAUUUGAUGUCUCCACCUUUUGGCAAGAUGUUAUCUGCAGUGUCUGAUGAGCUUGCUGAGAAAUCAUGA